ACUACGGAGACCUUGCCAAGGGGUGGUUCCUCUAGCAAGUAGUUUCUCCUUGCCAGAAAGAGGCCAGUGUCUUUCUCAGUCUUCCUUCUUGUGUAGGUGGAAAGAGGACUAACAACAGUGACUGAGCCCUAGAGCAAAUCUGCUGCUGUUGAUGUCCCACAAAUGAAGUGGCAGCCUUCUCUCCACCACAACUUUUUGUGUGCUUCCUGUGGGAACAGAGGUUCCCUGCUCCAGUUUAUCUGGAUUUCCAUAUAACUCCUGGAGCUGUUUCUUCAGGGAAGUUCAUCUCCCAGCCACCAACCAUGAAGUUUCUUAGCUACCUCCUGGUUUACCGAAGGUUCCUGCUCAUUGUCCUCACCCCACUGCUUUUACUUCCACUUCCACUUAUCAUCAAAACCAAAGAAGCAGAAUGUGCAUACACAYUGUUUGUAGUUGCCAUCUUUUGGCUCACAGAAGCUUUGCCACUGGCUGUUUCAGCUUUGCUCCCUGCCUUUAUGUUCCCAUUGUUUGGUAUAAUGGGAUCAAAACAGGUGGCAUCUGCUUAUUUUAAAGAUUUUCAUCUGCUGCUGAUUGGAGUUAUUUGUUUGGCAACAUCAAUAGAAAAAUGGAAUCUCCACAAAAGAGUGGCUUUAAAAAUGGUGAUGCUGGUGGGUGUCAACCCUGCAUGGCUUAUGCUGGGUUUCAUGGUUAGCUGUGCUUUCUUGUCAAUGUGGCUCAGCAACACCUCUGCUGCUGCCAUGGUGAUGCCAAUUGUAGAAGCUGUAGCUCAGCAGAUCAUCAGAGCUGAAACAGAAGCUGAUGAGCUGGAGAUGUCUUGCUCCAAUGGCUCCAUCAACCCAGCGCUGGAGCUGGACGAAAAUAUAGGAGAAUAUGAAAAGCCAGAUUGGAAAGAGAAAGAAAAACAAGUUAAUGGAUAUAACAAUGUGGGUAAUACUGUAUGCACAGUUGAAAAGGAAAAUGAAAAAGGAAAGGAACAGCAGAACCUACCACCUGUUGAAGCAGAGAGAAAAAGCAGAAAGGACAAAUACAGUGGGAUUUUCAAAGUGAUGUGCUUAUGUGUUGCUUAUUCUGCUACAAUUGGAGGCCUGACCACAAUCACGGGAACAUCGACUAAUCUCAUUUUUACUGAGCACUUCAAUUCACGUUACCCAGAUUGCCAGUGCAUCAAUUUUGGAUCCUGGUUUAUCCUUUCCAUCCCCAUCACAGUUAUUAUUCUGCUGCUCUCCUGGGUCUGGCUCCAGUGGCUUUUCCUUGGGUUUGAUUUUAAAAACAUGUUCAGGUGUGGCAAGAAGAAAACAGCCAGAGAAGAGGCCUCAUCACGGGUGAUUCAGGAGGAGUACAAGAAACUUGGACCAAUUAGCUACCCAGAAACUGUUACACUUGUCCUGUUCAUUAUAAUGACCCUUCUGUGGUUCACCAGAGAUCCUGGCUUCAUCCCAGGAUGGUCUUCACUUUUCCCAAAGUAUAAAGGCUAUAUUACGGAUUCAACAGCUGCCUUAGUGAUAGGCCUCCUGUUCUUUAUCAUUCCAGCAAAAACCUUGUCUAGGACGUCAAAUGGAGAAAACACUGUUAUUGGUUACACUCCACUGAUUACUUGGAAGGAAUUUCAGUCGUGCAUGCCCUGGGAAAUAGCUAUCCUUGUUGGUGGUGGGUUUGCACUGGCAGACGGCUGUGAGGUUUCAAAACUUUCUGAGUGGGUAGCAAGUAAAUUGACCCCUCUAGGAUCAUUACCCUUGUGGCUGGUUAUCCUGAUAUCCUGCCUUAUUGUCACUUCAGUAACAGAAGUAGCCAGCAAUCCAGCUACCAUUACGAUCUUUCUGCCCAUCCUAUCUCCUUUGGCUGAAGCCAUUCAUGUGAACCCACUUUUCAUUUUGAUACCUGCUACCUUGUGUACUUCCUUUGCAUUCCUGCUUCCUGUAGCAAACCCAGCCAAUGCCAUUGUAUUUUCAUAUGGUCAUUUAACUAUUAUGGACAUGGUGAAAGCUGGCUUGGGCAUUAACAUCAUCGGAGUUGCUGUAGUUAUGCUUGCAAUUAUGACAUGGAUAGUGCCUAUAUUUGAUCUCUAUACUUUCCCAAGUUGGGUACCCAACAUUCCAACUACAAAUGGCACUGGGCUGUAAAAAAAAAAAAAAAAUUAGUUUCUUUUUUUUUUUCCUCAGAUGUGGUGAGUCACUUAAAAUGCUUUUAGUCACCACAAUGCCAAGGAUCUACAUUACUAUAAAUGCUGUAUUUCACAGUCCCAGAGACUGAUGAUCCAGUCUGAGAGUCUAAUCAGGAAGAGUGCUAGACUUUCUAAAGAUCAUAGUUAGAUCAGGUUUCCAAUCUAGUUCAGCUAGUCUGAAUUUUUCUAUCUUCAUAUUAUGAAGGAAAAAAAAGUGCAUAGCCAUUAUCACUGGCAAUUUGCCCCCAUUCUCAGGGUAGCAUAAUAAUGAAAUUUAGCUUUUAUUAUUUGAAAUACAAAUCCUUGCUACUACUUUUUUGGGAGUAGUCAGAGCACAUAUUGGUUUUCUGUUUUUUAGGUUCAAACUCUGUUUGAAACAGUGUUGAUCACAAGAAAAAGAUCAGGCAGGUAACUGUUCUUGAACACAGUUUACAGACCCAUCAAAAAUGCACCAAAAAAUGAAGAGCGGCAUGUUCACUUACACAGCACUUUAUGUAUUAAGCACCUUGUAACCUGGAAGGAGAACACAUACUUAAGCAUAUGUUUAGUCUAUGUCCUCCCAGGACUCACUAAAAGAUGUUGUUGCUCUUGUAAAAUAAAAUAAAAAAAUCUGUGGUUAGACAUAUAUUGAUAGAUCGGAGUUGAUCUAUAUAAAUGGAGACUAAAUUAUCAUCAUACUUCUCUGCCAAAAGUAGAAAUAUAUCCCAUUGAGGAAUGAAAUAAUAAAAAAAUUAGCAGUCAGUCUGUCAAUCAAGUGCAUCUUUGCCAGGAGGCUCAUGAUCUCUGCAGGACAGAUGGCAGUUUAAGGUUACUAGACUGUGUUAAGAUUGUGAUGUUCUAAACACAAAACAGUGUCAUGCAGUCAGAAUGUAAGCUGGAGUUCAAAGAUAUCUUCAAAUAAUGUCCUGUUUGGUUGUUACAUAUUUUUCACCACAAAAACUAUAGCCUUACCUGCCGUGAAGACCCAUGACAAUUUGUAAAGAUCAUGUAAUUAGUAGUCUUAACGAAAGCUGCAUGUAUUUAGAUWAGCUCAUGCAUUGGGACAUCCAUAUGAUAGUUGUGAACAUCAAUUUGUCUUUUAAAGGUUGUUUCCAUUUUUCUUAACAAUAACAACCAAAAAGUACUUUUGGUUUUUGAUUCAUGGUUUACAUUUAUUUUUGAUAGUGCAUAUUUAGAAGUUUCAGUCAUGACUUCUAUAAUGCCACAAUGCAGUGUAUAUUAUUGUGGUGUAUGUAGUUCCCUGUAGCUAUUAGUUGUUGGUUCAGCUGCAGUGAAUUUUUAAAGAAGCACUUUUUCUUAAUGAAUGGUUUUGUGUAAGUGUUGGUGUCUGUGCAUGACACCAUGCUUUUAAGGCUGAUUGAGGCUGUUAUCUUAAUUUUUAUAUUCAGUGGCAAAAUAGGACUAUGACCAUCACCGAGGCAAUCAGGAGCUGCCACUAUGGAAAUAAUGGUAACUGAUCUCCCACAGUAAUGAUUGUGAUUAUAGAUAUUGCAACACUUGGCUAAAUGAAAUCAGCCCCAGAGGGAAAAGCUCAUAAAAGUAACUAAUCCAAGACACAAAUCUUGGAUUAUAUCAUAYGGUAUUUUUGCAGAGUCAUGUGCAGUGCAGGAGCUCAUGGCUUCUUUAGGCCUUUGGUCCUGCAGGAAAAGAGAGGAAAACCAGAGAAGGGUUUUUUUACUUUACGGAAUCACCUUCUGAUUCUGUUAGCAAUUUCCCAAUGAUUCAAGAGCAGUGGAAACAGUGAAUCACAGAGUAUUUCAAGUGUAAAGAAUCUCAGAAGACCAUUGCAUCCAAUCUUGCUCAAAGAAAGGUUGUUACUCUAUUCAGACCAGGUUGCUCAGGGAUUUUAGUCAUCUYGAAACUCCAACAUGAAACCAAACAUGCCUAAUUUCUCUGGCUAAUGUUCUCCAGGGCUUUACUGUCCUUGUGAUGAAAUAUUUCAUCUUCAAACAAACKGAAAAACAUAUUAAUUUUAAGCUAAUAAACUCAUUACUUUCCUUUUUAUUUGGGAUAGGUUCUUUUCUGCUUGUAAAAAAGGAAAGACAGUCCUUUUUAUGGCCUUAUGUUCACUACUCCCAGUGGGUGUGGUAUUUUCAAUCUCCACAGAUCUGCUCUUCAAAGUCUUAUAAUCAUGUGGCAACUGUUGUUCAGCCAAAGAAAAUUUGUUAGCCCCGUCUGAGCUGUCUUUGAGUUCUAUUAAUGUGCACAAUGCAGAAUUGGUUGUUGUAACCUCAGCCUUGAAUAUGAUAAUGAGGUCUUCAGGGGUACAUUAAUACAUUUCUCCAUUAAAUCAGUCUUUGACACCAGUAUUCUCUCUUCAAGUUGCCUAUCUUCAUGGAAGAAAAUAACUAUUUUGCACAAUUUAAGAGAACUCUUCAGAAGUUGUUGACCAUAAAAAGUGAAACAAUUUUCAGAAAAGCUGAAGCUCAGUUUGUGCUGUUUGAUUUUCAGCUGUUAAUUUUCUUUACUUUCUGGUUUACUCAUAGUAUCAUAGAUAAUAUGACAACAAAGGCCUGUCAUUCAGGCCACAGAAUUCCCCUAAAAUAUUUCUUAGGGUAGAUAUUAUGAUUAGGUAUCUUAGUAAAUAAGAAAAACAAAUCAAAUUGUUUAAUGAAGGAUGCACUUUUAAAAACAAUUUUCACCAAAACUGCUAUGUGCAGUGAUAAUAAACAGAGAAAGAAGGGAGAGAUUUGUUGAAAUGAAACACAGGAUUAUAUAUAAACUGACUUUCAGUGACCAGCAUCUUAAUUGUGUCAUAAUUUACCAAAUUMGUGGCAAAAGUAAAUGAUCAAACAGGAUAUUUUUGGAGACUCUGCCCUAUAAGUAAGCCAGUUGUGAAUAAUAAAGUUGGUAAUAGCGAGAAAGGAGGGCCUCACCAGGAUUUAUUUUUUGCCAGAAGUUUAGGUAAUGGGUCAGACACAAGCUUUGAGAUGAAUGGUUAUUAUUACUAAUUUAUUUUUAAAGCUUUUAGGAAUGUUUUAGGUAAAACUUAACAAUUCUGCAAUGCAGGGAUUAAUAUUGCUCGAAGUUCCUCAGCUGAGAGCAUUGAAAUGGAGGUAAAAGAAUUUCAGAGUGUGGURCUCUGGGUACCCAAUGAGUGGAUUUGGCUCUGACUGCAGGACCACAGCACCAUCCUGAUCACCAGCAGAAACACACUCUUCAUACAUUAUCACAUUUAUUUUCUUUGAUCAGAAUUCGUGAGUAUUAGGACAAAUCGUGGAAAUGCACCUAUAAUUAUUUUAAGAGUUGAUUAAUAUAUUAUGACAUGACCUAUUUGUAAAUUGGUUUGUGCGUAAUUUUCAUAUAAAAUGAUGCAACUUUUUCUUUGUCUCAGAUGAGUCUAAUUAGUCUACUGUAAUAACAUAUAAGUAAUAUUUAUGACUUACUAUUUAUUUGUGGUCCCAUUCCUGAUGAAUUAAAAGCUUUUGCCAUGUACUUCACUGGGGAUAUGUGCCAGGUCUUUGUUCUCCUUUUCUAUGGCCAAGCUAUAUUCAAUGUAUUUUCACUUUGUUUUGGAAGAUGUGCAUCUAGAUUAUCAGAAACCACAAACCAUAUGAACCCUGAAAAAAUCUUCUUGACUUUUCUGUUUUAUAAUCACAUAAUCAGAUCAAUCUUGUAGCAYAAAUCCCCUCGUGCACUUUUAAAAUUAAAUGAGUUUGUUUAYUGCCAGGAUCUUGCUUGUUUAAAAUCAACCAGCCUGUAGCUCAAGGGCUCACUGAGGAACAAUGUAGCACAGCAGCUCAGGAAGAGCAUAGCAAAAAAAAAUUCCUGGAUCUUACAACUUCUUGAUUAGGUGUAGAUACCAGACCACUUCUCAUGUGAAUAACAGCACAAGAAAUAUUCUUGCAUGUUWUGUGCAGCUGCUGGCAGGGCUGGAAGGUUUCCAGUGACCCCUUAGAUGYCCAGAAACCUGGUCCUGCCCCCUCUCCAGCCCUGCCCUUGGCAGCCACUGCAGGAUGCCACUUGCUGUGAUGGUGACACCCUGCUGCCCCAGCGCACCUGAGGAGAUCCCACCGUGGUCAGGCCUGCACAUAAAUCAGAUCACUUUGCAGCUAUAACUCAGAAAUGAUUACUUCAGUCAUCAGCUUAGCUCAUUGUCUUUGGAAAGUUUGUUUGAUGAUUUAUGGUUUUAACAAUCGCUUGAACUGAACUCUUGUCAGUGUUAUUCUUAACACUUUUGUCUUUUGUUUUUGGAAGCUGAUGUAAGUUAGUUUACCUGCACAAUGUUCAAUUUCUUAUACAAUACAAAUCUACUAUUUCUAAAAUAAAUAUUUUCUGAAUGCUAUGCAGUCCAAUAUUUAUUGGUGAUGAACUAACAAGAGCUAAAAUUGUGGUCUGCAAAGAAAAGAUMUUUGUCAAUA